AUGUCGGAAGCUACUUCGCUACAAGUCGCUGUCAUUGGCGGUGGAAUAGCUGGUCUAGCAGCUGCAUCUGUUCUCCGAAGAGCUCAUCGCGUGACUGUAUAUGAGCGCAGUGCAACUGGCGCCCAGGAGCCUGGUGCGGCGGUUGGUCUCGGACCCAAUGGCUCCAAAAUGGCCAAGGCCCUUGGUCUUUCGUCAGAUGUCCUGCAGGCCGUCGUCAGCAACGGGUUCAGAACGUUCAACGAAACCGGCUCUCUGCUCAAAGAGCAACGGCUCGACUGCGCGAGGGUGUUCGGCUCCGAGUGGUGGCUAGUGCAUCGUCAGGAUCUGAAGGACGCUCUGCUAGACGCUGCUACCAACCCGGACUUGCCAGGAUGCCCCGCGGAGAUUGUCUAUGGAGCGCGGGCCACGGUGGCUGAUGCAGAUGCCGGCAUUAUCAGACUUGCUGAUGGAUCUCGCGAAAAGGUCGACUUGGUCAUCGCCGUCGUAGGCCAGGGUCACCCUCAACCUGUCCCCGCGAACUUAUCUCUCUACAGGUUUACCUGCUCCCGACUAGACAUGAUCGAGUUGCUUGGACACCUUCCGGAGCCACUGAAUUGCGAUUCCGGGGUCUUCUUGUCCUCAUUCAUUGCUUCGGAUGGCUCGAAUCGGAAUGUGGUUGUCUACCCAUGUCAAAACCUCCAAACCAUGAACUUUGCGUGCGCCGUCCCGGAUUCUCUGUUGCGUCAGUCUACGGAGGAAUCAUGGACCAAGGAUGGUGACGUGGAGGAGUUGAUUGGGCAUUUCCAGGAUUUCCCGCAAUGGCUGCAACAAAUCAUCAAGAGUCUUACGUCUGUGAAGCUCUAUCAACUACGCGAUGCAGACCCGCUCCCUACAUACACCAAGGGAGCCGUGGUAUUGCUUGGUGACGCCGCUCAUCCGAUGGUGCCUUACCAAGGCCAAGGGGCAAACCAGGCAUUAGAAGACGCUGAAGCCUUGCGACCUUUUUUGCAGCCCGGCGUUUCUAGAGAUGACGUUGGAAGUAUUCUGAAGAAAUGGGAUGAGCUUCGAAGACCUAGAGCGUCUCAAGUACAGGCGAAUUCGAGGAUUGCAGCAGCAAAGGUCUCGGCCGAGGUCAUCAUGCAGAGAAUGAAGUUCAACUGGGAAUAUGAUGGGGUUAAAUUAGAUGUUUAA